GCCCCCAAGACUCACCACUUCAAGGUGAAGACCUUCAAGAAGGUGAAGCCCUGUGGCAUCUGCCGUCAGGUCAUCACCCGCGAGGGUUGCACUUGCAAAGUCUGCAGCUUCUCCUGUCAUCGGAAAUGCCAGGCCAAGGUGGCUGCCCCCUGCAUCCCUCCAACCAGCCAUGAACUGGUGCCCAUCAACACUGAGAGCGCCCCGAAGAAUGUAGCCGACACGGGAGAAGGAGCUUUCCGGGGUGGAAACACACGGAAAAGCCUUGAGGAAGACGGCUCUGCCAGAGUCACCCUGAGCGUCCAGCCCCAUCCUCAGCCUAUCAGAAACAUGAGCGUGAGCCGAGCCAUGGAGGACAGCUGUGAGCUGGACCUAGUGUACGUCACCGAGAGGAUCAUCGCCGUCUCCUUCCCCAGCACGGCCAAUGAGGAGAACUUCCGGAGCAACCUCCGAGAGGUGGCCCAGAUGCUCAAGUCCAAGCAUGGCGGCAGCUACCUGCUUUUCAACCUCUCUGAGCGGAGGCCGGACAUCACAAAGCUCCACGCCAAGGUACUGGAAUUUGGUUGGCCUGACCUUCACACCCCCGCCCUGGAGAAGAUCUGCAGUGUCUGCAAGGCCAUGGACACUUGGCUCAACGCAGACCCUCACAACGUCGUUGUUCUACACAAUAAGGGAAACCGAGGCAGGAUAGGCGUUGUUAUUGCGGCUUACAUGCACUACAGCAACAUUUCUGCCAGCGCUGAUCAGGCCCUGGACCGGUUUGCCAUGAAGCGGUUCUAUGAGGAUAAGAUUGUGCCAAUUGGCCAGCCAUCCCAGAGAAGGUACGUGCACUACUUCAGUGGCCUGCUCUCUGGCUCCAUCAAAAUGAACAACAAGCCCUUGUUUCUGCACCAUGUGAUCAUGCACGGCAUCCCCAACUUUGAGUCUAAAGGAGGGUGUCGGCCCUUUCUCCGGAUCUACCAGGCCAUGCAGCCUGUCUACACAUCUGGCAUCUAUAAUGUCCAAGGAGACAGCCAGACCAGCAUCUGCAUCACCAUCGAGCCUGGGCUGCUCUUGAAGGGAGACAUCUUGCUGAAGUGCUACCACAAGAAGUUCCGGAGCCCAGCCCGAGAUGUCAUCUUCCGUGUGCAGUUCCACACCUGUGCCAUCCAUGACCUGGGGGUUGUCUUUGGGAAGGAAGACCUUGAUGAUGCCUUCAAAGAUGAUCGAUUUCCAGAAUAUGGCAAAGUAGAAUUUGUAUUUUCUUAUGGACCAGAGAAAAUUCAAGGCAUGGAACACCUGGAGAAUGGGCCGAGUGUGUCCGUGGACUAUAACACCUCUGACCCCCUCAUCCGCUGGGAUUCCUAUGACAACUUCGAUGGGCAUCGAGAGGACGGCAUGGAGGAAGUGGUGGGACACACUCAGGGGCCUCUGGAUGGGAGCCUGUAUGCCAAGGUGAAGAAGAAGGACUCCCUGCAUGGCAGCACUGGGGCCGUCAACGCCGUGCGCCCUGCCCUUUCGGCUACCCCCAACCACGUGGAGCACACCCUCUCUGUGAGCAGCGACUCAGGCAACUCCACAGCCUCCACCAAGACAGACAAGACCGAUGAGCCGGCCCCCGGCCCCACCAGCGCCCCCGCUGCCCUGAGUCCUGAGGAGAAGCGCGAGCUGGACCGCCUGCUCAGUGGCUUUGGCGUCGAGAGAGAGAAGCCAGCACCCAUGUACCACACGCAGCAUCUCCGGUCCCGCCCCGCGGGGGGCCCGGCUGCACCCACCGCCGGCCGCCACGUCGUCCCAGCCCAGGUUCACGUCAACGGCGGGGCCUUGGCAUCCGAGCGGGAGACGGACAUCCUGGAUGAUGAGUUGCCCAACCAGGAUGGGCACAGCGUGGGCAGCAUGGGCACACUGUCCUCCCUGGACGGGGUCACCAACACCAGUGAGGGGGGCUACCCAGAGGCCCUGUCCUCACUGACCAACGGUCUGGACAAGUCUUACCCAGCGGAACCGAUGGUCAAUGGCGGGGGCUACCCCUAUGAGUCUGCCAGCCGGGCGGCGCCUGCCCAUGUCGGACACCCUGUCCCUGUGCGGCCCUCCUACUCGGCACAGGAGGGUUUAGCCGGCUACCAGCGGGAGGGGCCCCAUCCAGCCUGGCCACAGCCAGUAACCACCUCCCACUAUGGCCUUGACCCCAGCGGUAUGUUCCGCUCCCAAUCCUUUCCGGAGAGCGAGCCCCAGCUGCCCCCAGCUCCGGCCCGCAGUGGCAGCAGCCGGGAGGCUGUGCAGAGGGGUCUGAAUUCCUGGCAGCAGCAGCAGCAGCAACAGCAACAGCAGCCUCGUCCCCCUCCUCGCCAGCAGGAGAGAGCCCACCUGGAGAGUCUUGGGCAUAGCAGGCCCAGCCCUCAGCCACUGGCAGAGACCCCCACCCCCGGCCUCCCUGAGUUCCCAAGGGCAGCCUCCCAGCAGGAGAUCGAGCAGUCCAUCGAAGCACUGAACAUGCUGAUGCUGGAUUUGGAGCCCGCCGCGGCAGCCGCCCCCCUGCACAAGUCUCAGAGCGUGCCAGGGGCCUGGCCAGGGGUUUCCCCACUAUCCUCCCAGCCUCUCUCUGGCUCCCCCUGCCAGCCCCAUCCCCUGACCCAGUCCAGGUCUGGCUACAUCCCCAGUGGGCAUUCCUUGGGAACCCCUGAGCCGGCCCCACGGUCCUCUCUGGCCCUGGAGUCCUUCCCUUCUGGCAGGCCAUACUCACCUUACGAUUAUCAACCAUGUCCUGCUGGGUCCAGCCAGAGCUUCCGUCCGAAAAGCCCAGCCUCCUCCUCCUCGUCCACCUUCCUUCCAACCACCCAGAGCCCUCCAGGGCCUCAGCAGCCCCCAGUCUCUCUCUCUGGCCUCCCCGCUCAGCCUCAGUUCCCACCAAAGGAGGCAACUUCAGACCCAUCCCGCACUCCAGACGAGGAACCACUGAACCUGGAGGGACUGGUAGCCCACCGGGUAGCAGGGGUGCAGGCUCGGGAGAAGCAGCCUGCAGAGCCUCCCGCCCCUCUCCGGAGGAGGGCAGCCAGCGAUGGACAGUAUGAGAACCAGUCUCCAGAACCCGCGUCCCCCCGUAGCCCUGGGGUUCGUUCCCCUGUCCAGUGCGUCUCCCCUGAGCUGGCUCUCACCAUCGCCCUCAAUCCUGGAGGGCGACCCAAAGAGCCCCAUCUGCACAGCUACAAGGAGGCCUUUGAGGAGAUGGAGGGAACCUCCCCGACCAGCCCACCGUCCAGUGGGGUGCGCUCCCCUCCAGGUCUGGCCAAGACACCUCUGUCUGCUCUUGGCCUGAAACCCCACAACCCCGCGGACAUCCUGUUGCACCCUACAGGUGUCACCAGAAGACUGAUCCAGCCAGAGCCCCGGAGCUAUGUGGAGUCGGUGGUGAGGACAGCAGUGGCUGGACCCCGAGCUCAGGACCCCGAGCCUAAGAGCUUUAGCGCCCCAGCUGCCCAGGCCUAUGGCCAUGAGACGCCCCUGAGGAACGGGACCCUGGGAGGCUCCUUUGUCUCCCCCAGCCCCCUCUCCACCAGCAGCCCCAUCCUCAGCGCUGACAGCACUUCGGUGGGGAGUUUUCCGUCCGGGGAAAGCAGUGACCAGGGUCCCCGGACACCCACCCAGCCUCUGCUGGAUUCAGGCUUUCGUCCCGGCAGCCUGGGCCAGCCCAGCCCUUCGGCUCAGAGAAACUACCAGAGCUCUUCUCCUCUCCCGCCUGCGGGCAGCAGCUACGGCGGCCCCGACUACUCCCUUCAGCAGUUUGGCUCCCCGGAAGGCCAGGCGCGGUCUCAGUUCACUGUGGCCGGCGUCCACACGGUGCCUGGGAGCCCUCAGGCACGCCACAGGACAGUGGGCACCAACACACCCCCCAGUCCUGGCUUUGGCCGCCGGGCCAUCAACCCCAGCCUGGCUGCCCCUGGUAGUCCCAGUCUGAGCCACCGCCAGGUGAUGGGUCCAGCAGGAACUGGUUUCCAUGGCAGCACCGUCUCCAGCCCCCAGGGUAGUGCAGCGACCACUCCGGGAAGCCCCAGCCUGGGCCGGCAUCCCGGGGCCCACCCGGUUCCUGGCCUCCAUGGUGGUGUGGCCACAACUCCGGGAAGCCCCAGUCUGGGCCGGCACCCCGGGGCCCACCAAAGCAGCCUGGCUCCUGGUCUCCAUGGCAACACGAUAGCCAGCCCGGGAAGCCCCAGCAUGGGCCGGCACCUGGGAGGGUCUGGAUCUGUGGUUCCCGGCAGCCCUAGCCUGGACCGGCACGUCGCCUACGGUGGUCACUCCACCCCCGAGGACCCAAGACCCACACUAUCCCGGCAGAGCAGUGCCUCUGGCUACCAGGCGCCCUCCACACCCUCCUUCCCCGUGUCCCCUGCCUACUACCCGGGCCUGAGCAGCCCUGCCACCUCCCCGUCGCCGGAUUCAGCAGCCUUCCGUCAAGGGAGCCCCACACCAGCCUUGCCGGAAAAGCGGAGGAUGUCCGUGGGAGACCGCGCGGGCAGCCUCCCCAACUAUGCCACCGUCAACGGGAAGGUGUCCUCCUCGCCUGUGGCCAGCGGCAUGUCCAGUCCCAGCGGGGGCAGUACUGUCUCUUUCUCCCACACGCUGCCCGACUUCUCCAAGUACUCCAUGCCAGACAACAGCCCUGAGACACGGGCUAAAGUGAAGUUUGUUCAGGACACUUCCAAGUAUUGGUACAAGCCUGAGAUCUCCAGAGAGCAGGCCAUCGCACUCCUCAAGGACCAGGAGCCAGGGGCCUUCAUCAUCCGCGACAGCCACUCCUUCCGAGGGGCCUAUGGGCUGGCCAUGAAGGUGUCUUCUCCCCCUCCGACCAUCAUGCAGCAGAAUAAAAAAGGGGACAUGACCCACGAGCUGGUGAGACAUUUCCUGAUCGAGACCGGCCCCAGAGGAGUCAAGCUCAAGGGGUGCCCCAAUGAGCCAAACUUUGGGUCUCUCUCUGCCCUCGUCUACCAGCAUUCCAUCAUCCCACUGGCUCUGCCCUGUAAGCUGGUCAUUCCAAACCGAGACCCCACAGAUGAGUCGAAAGCUAGCUCGGGCUCUGCCAACUCCACCACUGAUCUGCUGAAGCAAGGGGCAGCCUGCAAUGUGCUCUUCGUCAACUCUGUGGACAUGGAGUCGCUCACUGGGCCACAGGCCAUCUCCAAAGCCACUUCUGAGACGCUGGCUGCUGACCCCACACCAGCUGCCACCAUCGUUCACUUCAAAGUUUCUGCCCAGGGAAUCACACUGACUGACAACCAGAGAAAGCUCUUCUUCAGACGACACUACCCACUCAACACUGUUACCUUCUGUGACCUGGAUCCUCAGGAGAGAAAGUGGAUGAAGACAGAGGGAGGUGUCCCCGCUAAGCUCUUUGGCUUCGUGGCCCGGAAGCAGGGCAGCACCACCGACAACGCCUGCCACCUCUUCGCUGAGCUUGACCCCAACCAGCCCGCCUCCGCCAUCGUCAACUUCGUCUCCAAGGUCAUGCUGAAUGCCGGCCAGAAGAGAUGAACGCCACCCCUCGCCCAGGGCCAGGGCAGUGGGGAUGGGGCAUGUGGGGAGGGGACCCAUGAAUCCUGACCACCCUUGAAUCCAGAAGGAGGACUUUGGGCCAAUUUUGGAGAAGGAGAGAAGAAAGUGCAACGUGGGGAGGGGGAAGUGAAUUGCAGAGGGGAAGGGGGAGAGAGAAAGAGAGAGAGAGAGAAAGAAAAAGAUGGAGGAGAAUAACUCGGAUUCCCCUGGGUAGAUGGAUACUGUGGAGCCCCCAAAGCCUCCACUGCCCACCAGGUCCACCUGACUCCCCCCACCCCUCUGAGAGGAUGGGGCUCCUCAGAGGAGACCGACCAGCUCCUUGGGGAUCUGUCAUUUGGGAGUAGAUGGAAAAGCUGUCUCCCUAACCCUACUGCUUGGCAAGGAGAAAUCAGAUUGAGAGCAUCCUUUUCUGGCCGCCUCUGGGGUAGAUGGGUGAACCAAAUAGAGCCAGCACGGAACAUCAAGUGGCCGAACGUUUGCCUUUGAAAGUUUCUGAGUCCUGGGGUACCGCGGGGUCUCGGGACUGUGCCUCCGCCGUGCAGUGUGCGGGCGUGUGUAGAGGGUGUGUCGUGGGACCACACCCUUGUCCUCACACACUGACUUCCACCCGUGCCUCUUAGCCAGGGUCGUAUCACCUAGCCUUGUCUGUGCCCCGCGUGUUUGCACACACAUGUGCCUCCUGUCCAGAAAAGGUGACAGCAGGGGGUGACAGGGCAGCCCGAGGGGACAUAAGCCCCGUUCCCCAGGAUUCUGGGUCACAGACUGUGGGUCCCUUUACCUGCGCUCUAGCAGCCCUGGGCAUUGUCAGCCCCUUCUCAACAAAGACCCCGGCGGGGCAGGGGAGUCCAAAGUAUUGGUUUUGGAGGGAGGUGCAGACACACAUGUGCGUAGUUUUGGGGAAGAGAGCCACCAGGAGGGGCGGCCUCGGCCUCGGAGCUCAGCGGAUUGGACAGAUUGGACAUGCGUGGUCCCUCAGCAGCCUGGGCAGGUCGCUCCCACUGCCCUGAGCCCUCAGCCCGUUCUUGGGUUUCGUGCCCCAGACCAGCCUUUCCUCAUUUCCUUAUCUGCUUGUUGCCCUUCUGGGUCUGGGGGAUUGAGCCUUCCUGCCCUGCCCUGCCCUGUCCUUCAGGGUCCUCACGUUGGAGCUUGUCCUGGGGAACUUGCUUUCAGAAGCCCUGCCCAGCAAUUCCCAGGAGAGGCCCCCAAAGGGCUCGUGGCUCCCUCUGUGAGUGUUUUGGGGUCUGAUUUCUACUGGACUGCCCAGGAUGUCCUUAGCAGAUUUCUUGUUGCUGCUGUCUGUGCAUCCCACACGGCCUGCCUACCAUGCCAAAGCCUUGCUGUUCCCCCUCCUGCCUUGGUUUCCCUGGCAGAACCAAGCUGCCCACGGAACAGAGGGGCCAAGGGAUGCAUUGAGGUCAGAGGGCCAAGAGGCCAUCUGGGCAGUUGGGGACCCCUCAUACCACCACCCAAGGACUCUAAGCUGGAAUGGAAAAUUCACCAGGAUUCCAUUCUUGGGGGGCUUCUUAAGCCGAUGGGGUCCCCUAGAGAGAGGCAUUGUACUGAUAUAUAAAUAUAUAUAAUAUAUAUGUGGGACAUACUGACAGAAUCUGUAAGCUAAUAAAAUAUAAGAAAAGGUUAAAAAAAAAAAGAAUAGGUAAAUUGACGAGAAGUAUUUAUUGUUUUCCCAUAUUGCUUUAUUGCCUCCCCGGGCAUAAACCAAUUCCCAUCCCUUUUUCAUGUCUAAGUGAAGUCUGAAAUGUAGGGGCCCUUUAUUCUUGGAGGAAGCGGGGGCUCAGUGGUGGCACCUGCUCCAUUCCCUUGGCCCCCUUGUUUUCUGGCAGGCCCGGGGCACAACAGUCAGCUCCCAGAGAAGGCGGGGGCGCUGCCUCCUCCCUGUGGGACUGCCGGGGCAAGGGUGUGUGUGGUGGAUGGGGACGUGUGUGUCUUUUGCAUUUUUUCUCCUCCAAGAAGCUGUAUCUGUGUGGACGUUCUGUUUUCAGGGAGUUGGAAAGGAGAGUGUCUGACGGGGGGGAGCAGGCCCCCGCUUCCUAAAGGUUGCAGCCUUGUACUUGGUGACCAAGGUUCCUCCAAAGUGCUCUUCCUUCUGAGGCAUUCAAGCCAGAUACCCAGAAAUCCCUCCUCCUUCCCACCCACCCCAAUUCUCUCCCGAGAUGGGAGAUAUUUCCUCCCCACUUCCUCUGUAAAUAUCUUACAUCUCCCACUGGACGUGGCCCUGGGCGCUUGCCCCUCCUGGUCUGGAUGGCCUCUCCUCACUUGGGGCCUGGCGGAGCGGCAGACCCUUCAGCAGCCAGCCCUGGGCCGUCACACACGCUCACCGGCAGCCCCUGCCUCCCAGGCACAGCCAGCCUGCCCUGCUCAGGCCUGAGCCCAGUGUGACCCUGGGAAGGACCAGGGCAUCCUGGGAAGCUGAGCAGCUCACUCCUCACUCCCUCGCAUCCCUCUGGAAGGAGUGGGUUUCCAGAAGAAUGCUGGGGAAGGGUACCCCAGUCUCCAAGUGGCCCCACUUUGGGGUCAGACACUGGUUGGGAGGACACUAUGGUCCUCUCAUGUCUCACAGGUUAGGUCUGUGCACCCCUGCGUACGCAUGGGCACACACACACACACACACACACACAGCACCGCAGUAUAUUCUUGCCAAAGAUUUCCUUUAAGAGAAAGCACUUUUAAUCAUUAUUGUUAUUAUUGUGUAAAUGUCUAACCUUUUCUCUCCUCCCUCCCCCGCACCCCUUUUUACUGUUACUGUUGAAUCUGUCUGUCAGCCAGGAGAGUGCUGUCUGGUCUUGAAAACAGGCUGGCAGGGCCAGGGUCCGGGGGAGGUUGGCAAGGAGGAACGGGAGAGGCAGGGUCAGGUUACAGGGUGGGGUGCAGACGCCAGGCAGGCUCAUGGCCCCCCCGUGCUCCAGCCAGGCAUCUGAGGCCGGCCCGGGGCCUCCCUGGGGCUGGCCUGAGUGGUGUCUGGAGGGAAGAGGGCAGGGAAGUGUGACAUCUGUCUGAUUCGGUGAGAGAGGGUCAACGAGGUACAGGGGAGUUCCGUGCCAGUAGACCAGGAGGAGAGGGCAGAGCACGGGAACAAUGGAGAGGUGACCCCAGAGGGGAGAGAGGAAGGAAGGAGCUGUUGGGUCCACCUCCAGGGGUUCCUGAAAUGCCCCUUCCCAGCAGUCUUGGUGUCCUGGCUUCCUUACCUAGUCAGCUGCUUGAGGGCCAUGUACGCUGUGUCCGAGGUUUAGGAUGGGCCUUCUGAUCCGCCUCUUCAUCAGAGUCUCUCCUAGGAGCUCUGAAAACUUGUGGACCCCUUCUCCCUUGGGUUUUGAGGAAUCCCUCUGUGUAUCAGAGACUGGCAGGAUAGGAACAGUGGGGCCUGGUGGCCAGAAGAAGCCACAGCCAGCUGGACAAGUGUGAUCCUUAUAAAGGGGGCUCUCAGGAGGAGAGGGAGGAUACUCCGAUGUGCCCUAGUCCAGGUCGGGCAGGCUCCUCCUGCCACACAAGGUGUGCAGAGGCGUCUAGAAGCAGAACAUCUAUGCCCUGGACAUUUGUCCACCAACCCUCCCUCCCUCCCGGGUCUACCGCGCUUCUUUGGAGCUUCUCAACUUCAGGCCCUGGGAAGGUCAAGUAGGUCCAUGCCCCGUCCGGGGGCUCCCUCCAGCCCCUACAUCUCCCCAUGCUCAGGGUCCUUGGAGAAGUUGGAGGCAGAGUCCAAGAUCCAUGCCUCAUCCAGGUCCAGGACCCGGAGACCUGGAGACCGGGGCUCCUGGCCAGUGUAAGGCUAGAUGUAGGCGUGCGCGCAUGCGCUUGUGCGCAUGCGUGAGGGGUAUAUGGUGCAUAUUUUGCUGAUCUCUUUAGGAAACGUGGGGUUAGCGUCAAAGGGAGUGGGUGGGCAAUAAGACAUCCAGUUCAAUAUCACCCAGCCCUGAAAGGAAUCAGGAGGGCCCCCGAUGGGAGGAACCGCAGUAUUGUUUUUGGGGACGACUCGCUCCCCUGGGGCUCUGGCCGAUGGGCUCCUUCCUGACUUCUCUGUCCUCCGAUGUCCAGACUGUUGGAGGACUUCCAUGUACGUCCCACACCUGGCCUCUUCCUGGCAGUGGGGUCUUUGCCGACGGAUGUCCCAAGUUUGGUUUCUGAUCAGUGUUAAACAGGUUGAGACUCUCCUGGGUGACCGUGUUUGGUUUGUGUGAGAUUGAGCACAUCGGUGUUCACAUGCCGUGUUCCCCCAUUUUCUCUCCUCCCUCUGUCAUGCCGUCCAGAACAAAUGUAAGAGAUUCUUUGCCUCCGCCUCCCGGCCUCCCCGGCCCCUGCGGGAGAGACGAAAGAACCCAGCCUCCUCCCUACCCCCUGGCUGUGUAUUUAUAUAGAUGGAAAUAUCCUUUCUAUUUUGUAUCAUCGUGCCUAUAGCCUCUGCCACCUGUGUAAACCCCAAUCUGUGCUACUUCCCUGGAUAUGAAUGUAUCGAAGCCCUUGCCCGCCCGCUCCUGUACAGCUGCUUUGUCUCCUUGCACCCAUUGUAUGGCUUUAUUCAUGAUAAAGCGAAAGAAAAAUCUG